AUGAAAAAGCUCACUACGGUCAUCCAACAGACGUUUGAACAACAUAAGAAUGAAAUCGGUAAAGAUAAGGGAAAAGAAAAAGAUUCAGGUGAGCUCUCGAGACCCRGAUCUGAAAGGGUAUCAUUUAAGGCAUUUAGAAKCAGUGGARCAACAGAGUUUACCGRACUCACUGAUCCGGUAAUUGCCGUUCAAUGGAUACAAAACACUGAGAAAGUCUUUCGCAUAUCUCAUGUGGCUAAUGAGGAUAAGGCAAUUUAUGCAAGUGCGAUGCUUACUGAAAGAGCACUUGUAUGGUGGGAUGCAACAUUUGAGACCUUGAAUGAAAACGAGAAAGAAAGUAUGUCGUGGGAGUCCUUUAAGGCUCGUUUCUUUGAGCAAUACCGUCCGGUAGACUUACAAAUGAGGUUAGAGAAGGAAUUUCUCGAGCUAAAGCAAGGCAACAUGUCAGUGAUCGAGUACAAAACUCAAUUCAACCAGAAAGCCCAUUUUGCAAUCCGUUUUAUUACAUCGGAGGAGGAGAGAGCAUGA